UCCAUCCAUCCAAAUGACUUCAUUUGUCAAACACUUUUCUCCAAAGCAACAUACAACUCAGAGCAAUCAAAAGGUCAUCAUAAAGAGGUCAAGAGCUUAGACACAGGAUUAUUGACGCACAGCUUGUAUGUCUGACAGCACGUUACGGUGGUUCACAUCUCCCAGGUACCUGCCUGUACAAGUGACAUUCAAAUAGCAAUUACAUACAGUUCUGAUUGAGAGCAUGUGAAACAUAUACAGGGGCGAUGGUCAUUAUUCUUGUGCAAAAUAUUAAAAUAAACGUAUAAAACCGACGUCUUGGUGAAAUGGUACCACGGUGUGUUUUAGGUCUCCACGCUGCCCGGGUGUCUGUGACGUCAGCGUUCCCUCGCGUCCCGUCGUGCUCCGUCGCCCGCCGCGCGCAGAAGCUGCUUGACAGGUGCGCACAGCGCGCGUAGAGCGCGGAAAGCGAGGGCGCACGACGCAGCUCCUUUCGCCCCAUUUUCUCACUGUCUGGGACUGGGAGCAUUUGGGGAGGAUCUUCUGCUGCUUCUUCCCUGGAUUAGCGGAGCUUCCUCAUGGAGGACGAACGAACCUCCAUCUGUGGAUUAUUUUUCUCCUGUGUUGUUCUCCUGAAAUCAAAUGAGCCGUAUUUUACCAGGAUACCGGUUUCUUGUUGUUUUAUUUUAUGAUGACGCACAUCCAUGAAGGUGAACAUUCCUUCUGCGUGACCAGUUCCUCUUCAUUUGGUUUCUUUGGUCUGUUUCCCUCCCCUGUCUGUGUGUAACAACAUCACACCAAACCGCUUGCAACCCCCCCACAACAUCCCUGUGCUGCAAGGUCCGACUCACGAAAGCGGCGAAGGCGGCGGAGGCAACGGUGCUGAAUGACGCCUGCUGUGUGAGAGCCUGUCCUGGGCUCUUUGCAAGAAGGAAGUGGCGGACCCAAGUGUGGAGCGGAAUAAGUGCUUCAUUCAGGAAAAUCUGUGAGGCUUCGUCGCAGGACAGGCAAAAGAGUGUUUCUCUGUGAAGCCCAGGAGCAGCUGGACUGCAGGACCACGACCAGCAGCAGCAACAUGAACAUGACCAUGAGCCUCAGCACCAAGGACGGGAAGGCUUUGGAUGGAGGUCUGAACGUUACGCUGACCAUUCGCCUGUUGAUGCACGGAAAGGAGGUGGGCAGCAUCAUAGGAAAGAAAGGGGAGACAGUGAAAAAGAUGAGAGAAGAGAGUGGGGCUCGGAUCAACAUUUCAGAGGGCUCCUGUCCGGAGAGAAUAGUCACCAUCACAGGUCCCACAGAUGCCAUCUUCAAGGCUUUCUCCAUGAUUGCUAUCAAGUUUGAGGAGGACAUCAACGCUUCCAUGACAAACAGUACGGUGAGCAGCAAACCCCCCGUGACGCUGAGGCUCGUCGUCCCGGCCAGCCAGUGCGGCUCCCUCAUCGGCAAAGGAGGCUCCAAGAUCAAGGAGAUCCGGGAGACCACAGGGGCUCAAGUGCAGGUGGCAGGGGACAUGCUGCCCAACUCCACAGAGCGAGCAGUGACCAUCUCGGGGACCCCAGACGCCAUCAUCCAGUGCGUGAAGCAGAUCUGCGUCGUCAUGCUGGAGUCACCACCCAAAGGCGCCACCAUUCCCUACCGCCCCAAGGCCACAUCUGCACCCAUCAUUUUCACAGGAGGACAGGUUCGACCCGACACCAUCCUGGCGACUGCAGGGGCCCCCACGGUGCUGGCACAGCCACAGCCCACGCCAGUGAGUACAUUCACCCUUCAGGGCCAGUACGCCAUCCCUCAUCCAGAUUUGACCAAGCUUCACCAGUUGGCUAUGCAGCAUUCCCCCUUUACUCCCCUUGGGCAGAACAACCCCACCUUCCCUGGCCUUGACGCCACAACCUCCGCAAGUUCACAGGAGCUCACCGUUCCCAAUGACCUGAUCGGCUGCAUCAUUGGCCGCCAGGGAAGCAAGAUCAAUGAGAUUCGGCAGAUGUCAGGAGCACAGAUCAAGAUCGCCAAUGCCAUGGAAGGUUCCGGCGAACGCCAGAUCACCAUCACAGGGUCGCCGGCCAACAUCAGCUUAGCGCAGUACCUCAUCAAUGCCAGCUUAGAGAUGGCUAAAGUCAGCAGCCAGCCUGCCGCUCUCACGACCCCUGUUGACCUCAACACAAGUCUCUCUCAGUCUUCCAUCCCUACCUCCACCCCCACCUCUAUGGCUGUCCUGGCAGCUGCUGCCGCAGCCUCCGCCACAGCCGGUGCCACCCCUACUCCCUUAGCAACAUUACCCACCACCCACUAUGCUGUGCCCGUCUCCAGUCUGCUUGGCAUGAAAACUGUCCCCCUCCUGGCGCUCAGCGCCGCGGCUGCCUCAGGAGCGGCAGGGGGGCUCUCGGCGUAUACCGCUAAAAUUCCAAGCAACGCUGCGGUCAAGAAAUCAGAACGGCAGAAGUUUGCACCAUACUAAGGAAUAACAGUGAAAAUGCCUCUUUCGUGUGUGUGUGUGUGUGUGUGUGUGUGUGUGUUUUCACUCACCAAGUACGCUUUGUGGGAACAGAUGACUUAAUGCACUAUUGAAGAGAAAAGCAAAAAUGUACAUGCAAAGCACUGCUGUUCUUCAUCAGUUGGCAUCACGCCGUUUUCCGUCUGUCAGAUCUGUGACGUGACGUGAACCAAAAGUUUGGGGUUUCUAACAGCUUCAGAAAGCAGUCCUGAACCAUCAGGUCCAGGUGGACCACCAGGUGCAAACACUUCUCCGGUCACUUCAAAACCUGCUGACUAUGUGGUGUGCGGCACACUUACACGUCUCUUAUAAAGACACUGAACAUCAUACAGCAGCUACUGUACUUCAAAAAAGUCAACUGCACCACGUUCAUGGUCAGAAAUGACAGAAUAACAAUAACGGAUCUCAGUGUAAAGCCUGCAACUGAGAUGGUCAAAGUCAAAGCUGCAGUGUAUGCAUUCUAUACACAUUAUAACAAAAUAAUAAACACAUUAUAUGCACAGUUCUGCAGUUAGACCUCCUUCCUGAUGUGUUUGAGGUCUGCAGCAGUGCCAGAGAAAUGCUGAUUUGGUAUAUUUUUUGCUACUAUGCAUGGACAGUCCCUCUGCUUCCUUUUCCGUUGGCCUUUUAUAGAUUUGCACUGCGCCAGUAAAGAAAUACAUAAUUAAAGGCAAUAUUUAAGAUAAGUAGCAAAAAUGUUUAAUGGUUACUAAAACUUGGAGAAUCUUAAGGUACGUUAAAACAAUAUUCAAGUUGCAGCAGCUGGUUCCAGAUAUAUUCCCAAUAUCAAAAGUUUUCAAACCCUAUUUUGCAAUUUUAAUCCCCUCAUCUUCACAGAAGAUUUAAAGCUCUGUCAGAUUGCAAGGGUAUUGUCUCUGAAGAGCCCUCUUCAGGUCUAUCCAUAGAUUCUCUAUAGCACUGAGGUCCAGGCUCUGACUAGGCCAUACCAAGGCUGUGAUCAUCUUUUUUUAAGCAUUCCUUGGUUGAGCUGGCUGUGUUCUUUCGUUCAUUGUCAUGAAUUUAUACUUUCCCCCCCCCUCUUUCCUGGCCAGAGCCUCUGAAACUGCUGAGAGAAGCAUCCCCAUAACAUGAUGCUGCCACCACCACGCUUGAUAGUAUGAGCUGUAUUCUUUCUGUAAUAAGCCGUAGUGGCUUGGGUCAAACAAAUCUUUAAAGUAAAGCCAGAAACUUGUACCUUGGUCUCAUCAGACCAUUUUUCUACAUAGGUUUGCGAGAUUGAAUGAGUCUUCUUGCUAAGUUAACACAGGCUUGGAUACUCUUUCUGGCUUUCAUCAUGAUCCCCCUGCCCACAGACUUGUAGAGAAUACUAUAAAUGAUUGUAAUAUGCAGGAAGUUGUCAGUUAAUGCUGUCCUGUUAUGCCCUGUUACUUCUUCAAGGAUGCUGACUGCUUCUUGCUAGCCUCUCCUGAUGAUCUUUCCUCUUACCUGGUCAGUUUUGAGGGACAUGUUGAACUUUUUAAUUAUCCUGAUGGUGCCAUAUGUCCUCCACAUAUUGAUGAUGGUCUGCAGUGUUCCCGAUGAUAGAAUUAUUCUAUAUCCCUCUCCCAAUCCAUAUCCUACAACAAUACAAUCCUGAAGAAUUUUUUUUAUCUUGUUGUAGACUAUGGUUCUGCCUACAACCAAGGACCCUUCAGGGAGAUGCUACAGGAAGAGCUGUCUGACUCAUA